AUGGUGCAAUUGGCACUUUUGUUUUUGUGUAAAAGUGAUGUGAACAGAAAUGCUGAUCAGCGCUUCUCUUUGUUUGAAAAUGUCGAGAGAGAAAGAUGUGGACUUAUGGGUGAAAUAUUAGGUGCAUACACGCAGGCAUUCUGUUUUGAGGAGUUCAUGGAUGACGAUGCCGAGUUGGAUGACGAAGUGGAAACGCUUAGGCAAGGUAUGGUAGCUAUGAAGUUCUCGAAGGAGCUUAAACAAGAGAUCCGAAGACCAUGGGCGAGAGCUUUGAUUGUGAAAGUAUACGGUAGAGCUGUUGGAUUAAAUUUCCUUCAAGCUAGACUAUUAUCUUUAUGGAAGCCAGCAAGGCGUUUGGAUGUUGUAGACCUUGAACAUGGCUUCUUUCUCAUAAGGUUGUCAUUGAAAGAGGAUGUUGAGAAUGUACUAAAGAGAGGUCCUUGGUUUAUAGGAGACCACUUCCUUUCGGUUAGACCAUGGGAACCAGAUUUCAAGCUUGAGUCAACCAAGGUGUCUUCCAUUACAGUUUGGAUAAGGCUCAGUGGGUUACCUAUUAAGUACUACAAUGCCAAGGCUCUCCAACACAUCCAGAAGGCUAUUGGCAAUGUGUUAAGGAUUGAUACCUUUACAACGACUAAAUCUAGAGGCAAGUUUGCAAGGUUGUGUAUCCAAGUUGAUGUGGAUAAGUCGCUUAUCACUACGGUGAUGAUAGGUAAACUUCAGCAAACCGUUACAUAUGAGGUUAUCCAUAACUUAUGCUUUGAGUGUGGAAGAAUGGGCCAUAGAAGGGAGUUCUAUCCAUUUGUUGUUAAGCCGGUGCCGCCAUGUGAGGAAGUGGAGGUGGGAGGUGCAAGUGAUAGAGGUGCAAGCACACACGUUGUGCAUGCUGCUGACAAUGCUAAGGUAAAUAUGGGACCACAUGGAAAGGAUGAUGCCGUACGAGAGGACGUGCAUGAAGGAUUGUAUAGGCCUUGGGUGGUCGUGGCACGUAGAAAGAAAGAGACAAAAUUUCAGAGGAGUGGUGGGUCCUUACUUGACCACGGUCUUGCUUUUGAGCAGAGGAGUAACGGCCAUCAGGUAGCUAAUAGGAGGAAUUGGGUUGGUGUGGAGAAGAAUGAUGGCUCCAACGGGCUUAACAGGGAGACAAAGAGAAAAUUGUCUCCCUUGAGGAUUCUGGAUAAAGCCUAA